CCUGAUCCCACUCCCAGCACACAUGCUGGGUUGUGGAGAGGAGGCGCACGAUGAAUCUUCUGGUGCUCAUCGUGCUCACAUGUCUACCCCUCAGCUCGGCGGUCUACAGUGGCCCCCUGCAAGCCGAGAUCUCCAACGGUACUUUCCAUCACUUCUACGUCCCGGACGGCGACUACGAGGACACAUUAGACCCGGAAAAAUGCCAGAUGGUCUUCAGAUUCUCUGAUGGCUCCCCGUGUUCCGUGGCGGAGGAGGAGAGUGACGCGCUGGUGCGGGAGGAUUUGAUCCUCACCCGGCUUCAGACGGAGGACUCUGCGCGACUUCUGGAGAGCAUCGGCCGUGCGGUUGCCAACGACCUGGAUGGGGAGGACACCUAUGGCCGCUUCCUCUUGAGGGAGAUAUCCCAGAUCUCUGAGGCUUUUGCCAGUGUGGACAAGUCUCUGGAGGAACUAGAAGUGAAGUUCAAGCAGAGCCAAGAAAGCGAGCUAAGAGAGGAGCAACAACUGAGUGGCUUUGUGCUCAAGCAAGUGGGGGACGUCAGAGAUAGCCUGAGGGACACAAAAUACAUCUCGCUGGGACUCAAGGACAAACAGGAGCUGCUAUCUCUGAUCAUCCGCAGCCACGGGAGCAGACUGAGUCGCCUUAAAACACAAUAUCUCAAUCCGGGAUUGUAGUCCAUUCACAUUAUCGUGGAAUUGUAAAGUUCUUGAGGAUGUGUGAUUAAAGGGGACCAACACACGAACUGGAACAUUUCCUCUGAGUCAAGAGGCCGGCUAAGAAAAUGUGAACAUUACUUGGAUUGAGAUAUGUGAAUCAAUCAUAUGUGUGUGUGUGUGUGUGUGUGUGUGUGUGUGUGUGUGUGUGUGUGUGUGUGUGUGUGUGUGUGUGUGUGUGUGUGUGUGUGUGUGUGUGUUGAUUUCCACAAUGUUGUAAAGGCCCAGGGGAUUUAAAAAAAUAGGUUUUUGUAAUGUCAAAGUUUUAUCAGGUUACAAUUAAAAUAGCACACAAAUUACUGACUUUUAAUAUGUACAUAUCGCUUUACUGCUAGUAAAGUACUAACUAGUUAAUUUGGAUAUGAACACUAUUCCAUUGUUCUUUUUUUGUAUGAACCAGACAAACCUAUAAAAAAUUAUUUUGUGUUGUUUCCUCAAUGUUCCUUCAAGUGGCCCUUCUUAAUUGGCGUCUGGGUCCUGUUGUUCCCUUCCAACUCCAUCUGGAAGCGUUUUACUUUGACCAUAAAAUGUUUAUCCAAAAGCCACUACGCUUUGGAGUCAAUUUGUAACAAUUUGGGUUUUGUUUAAAAUAUUGGUAUUUUUGUGCAUUGUGUUAAGAAUUAAAUACAUGGGAAAUAAUUCCAAAUUUAUCUCAUGUAUUCUAUAUUGACACAUAUCUUAAGUUCAAAGUUCAAACAUUGCCACUAUACACCUGCAUUCAAACGGGGUCAUCACAUGUCUGCAAAUGACUUGUUAAUGGUCAUAUAUCUUCUAUCUGUAUGUUCUUGUCUGCGACAAGCACAUAGCAAUAAAUGUGCCAGAGAUGA